AUGCAGAAGAAGAAGAAGAAGAAGAAGAAGAAGAAGAUCGAGGAGGCGGACACAGGUUCAGUUAUUCUCAUUGGAAUCAUCGCAGUCACCGUCAUCGGAAACGUUUUCGUCGUAGUCGCUUUCUUCCGUGAUGCCCGCAUUCGAUCCACGGCGGCCAACUUCUUCAUCCUGAACCUAGCUAUCACAGACCUUUCUGUAGGUACUGUAGUCAUGACCAUGAAUCUUGCUGAUAUCAUCAAAGACCACUGGCCAUUCGGAGAGACCUUCUGCAAGCUUUGGUCCACCUUUGAAUUCACGCUAACUCUGAUGUCCACCAUCACUAUGCUCCUGAUCAGCUGGGACCGUUACUGUCUCCUGACGAUGGGUAUUGGUUACAAGACCUACCAGACGCAAAAGCGCAUCGGAGCAGUACUUUCUUUUUUUUGGAUGGCUUGCCUGGUCUUCUACGGAACCCUAGCAUUUGGCUGGAAAGGUCUGUUCGGAAAGGGAAAGAGCACCAUUGACUAUUCGACGCAGUGUGAGAUGGAAUUUUUGACCAAUGUCAAUGCAACUGUCGUGGUCAAUGUCAUAGAAUUCGUGAUUCCAUUCACACUCCUUCUAAUUCUUAACGUACUCGUUUACAUCAGAAUAAGACGGAGAUCUGUUGGAGUUAUUGGAGAUAGUCAAAACAACCGCCAAACUGUAAAACCUCGAAAUAGUGACAUAACAAUACCCGUUUGUGUACCUGAAACUGAAGGAAAUAGAUCUGUUCGCGAGGGUGUAAAGAUCUGCUUCUCUAUCAGUACAAUAGCUGUUUCACCAAAGCAUAGUUCUUCUAAGGAACCAUAUGGAGACAAUGGAGGCCAUCACGAGGAUACAUCAGCUCGACACGUCUUGAAAGACUCAAAGAGUCGCCUUUUCAGAAGUAUGCAGUCCUCGGUUAUAAAUGGUAAUGUUGGGGUCAGAACUUCUUCCCUUCACCAGCCAGUCGUAGGCAAAGAUCAAACAAAUGGUAGAUCAGCAGCUACCAAGACAAAAGGAGCCCUCUCCAAACAUCGGAAAGCUGCACUAGUUCUCACCAUUCUCAGUUGUUGUUAUUUCCUUUGUUAUACACCGUACAACAUAUGCAGCAUUGUAUAUGCCAUUUGCAAAUUUGAAUGCGAGAAUAAACUCGUCUGGGAAGUUACGUCGUACCUCUUAUGGUGUAACUCAGCAAUUAACCCUUUCAUCUAUGCAGCCACCAAUGUUCACUUCAGAAGGAACUUCAGAAGGUUCUUGUUUUUGGACAGGUGGAGUUGCGAUGUGAAUACCUGUAAGGUCAAAGGUCAUCGGGGUAACCCUGACACGCCGUUAAUCGCUGAAACAGAACAUGAAACUCGACAGUAA